ACCCAGGUUGUCUUUUUGGAUCACCACCACAUUGAGUUUCAAAUCAAUUCAUCUUCACUUUUUUUUGUGCUUCCUGGAAUUACCAUUUUGCCCCUGUCAUUCCACUAACUUUGCCCCUUAAAAUCACAUUGUUUUAUCAAUUCCACAAACAAACACAAAGCCUUCAAUGGCGUCCAUGGCAGCAACAACCCUUUUCGUGAAAACCCCUUUCCCCUCUCAUUCCCUGUCGAAAUCAUUCGAUACCCAUUUUUCUCCGUCGCUCAAAGUCAACGUCUUGACCGUCGCCAAGGCGAGGGGAGUCGGGUCGGGUCUCCGGGUUUCAAACGGGUUGAUCGAACCCGAUGGUGGGAAGCUGGUGGAGCUUCUGGUGAAGGAUUUGGAGAGAGAUUUGAAGAAGGGUGAGGCUCUGUCUCUUCCAAGGAUCAAGCUCUCUAAGAUUGAUGUGGAGUGGGUUCACGUUCUGAGUGAAGGAUGGGCCACGCCACUUCAAGGAUUCAUGAGAGAAUCCGAGUUCCUCCAAACGCUUCAUUUCAACUCACUGCGCCUUGAUGAUGGCACGGUGGUUAACAUGUCUGUGCCGAUCGUGCUUGCCAUCGAUGAUGCGCAGAAGCACCGGAUCGGUGAUUCCAAGAAGGUUGCACUUUUUGAUUCUCUGGGCAACCCUGUUGCCAUUCUUAAAGAUAUUGAAAUUUAUAAGCACCCUAAAGAAGAAAGGAUUGCCCGAACUUGGGGAACCACUGCUCCCGGCCUGCCUUAUGUUGAAGAGACUAUAACUAAUGCUGGGAAUUGGCUGAUUGGGGGUGACCUAGAGGUUAUAGAACCCAUCAAGUACCAUGAUGGGCUCGACCAUUUUCGGCUGUCUCCUGCAGGACUCCGUGAGGAGUUCACAAGGCGCAAUGCGGAUGCUGUGUUUGCUUUCCAGCUCCGGAAUCCUGUUCACAAUGGUCAUGCUUUGCUAAUGACUGAUACCCGUAGGCGGCUUCUUGACAUGGGUUAUAAGAAUCCUGUCCUCUUGCUUCAUCCACUGGGAGGCUACACCAAGGCUGAUGAUGUCCCACUUGACUGGCGAAUGAAACAACACGAGAAGGUACUUGAGGAUGGUGUUCUUGAUCCAGAGACAACUGUGGUAUCCAUCUUCCCUUCUCCCAUGCACUAUGCCGGACCAACUGAGGUGCAGUGGCACGCAAAGGCUAGGAUUAAUGCAGGGGCCAACUUUUACAUAGUUGGUCGUGAUCCUGCAGGCAUGAGCCAUCCUGUUGAGAAAAAAGAUCUGUACGACGCUGACCAUGGGAAGAAAGUGUUGAGCAUGGCUCCAGGACUAGAGCGUCUAAACAUUCUUCCUUUCAAGGUUGCCGCAUAUGACAAGACUCAGGGUAAAAUGGCAUUCUUUGAUCCUUCGAGGCCUCAGGACUUCGUCUUCAUAUCAGGCACAAAGAUGCGCACACUUGCAAGGAACAAAGAAAACCCUCCUAAUGGAUUCAUGUGCCCUGGCGGUUGGAAGGUGCUUGUUGAUUAUUACGAUAGCGUAGCAGUCUCGAGCAACGGCAAAAUUCCAGAAGCUGUUCCAGCUUAAUGUUGUAUCUUAAUGUAUAUCUGAUUGGGAGAAACCUUAAGUUUUAUAUUCUCCUGUUAAGACACCGAUUCCCAAAGAUCCUUCGGCCGAAUCCCCUAAUAAAGUGAAAACUAUUGAGCGGAACCGGCACAAAGACAUGUUGCCCCUUUGUAAGUAUGGCAUUUAGUUCCUCCCCUUGCAUUUAUAGUGCAAUUGUGCCUGCCAGCUCUUUGUAAUAUAUUGUGGUUGUGCCAGGGAUUUGGUUUGGGUGUUUACAUUCAAAUUCACUGCAGUUUAUACUGUUAUUGUGCAGUACAAUAUAUUGUGGUUGCUCUAAGGAUUUGGUUUGAAUGUUUAAAUUCACAUUCAGUGUAAUUUAAACUGUUAUUGUGCAAUAUAUUGUGGUUUUGCAAGGA